AUGCCUAUACCUCAAGAUCUAAGCAGAAUAACGAGAAAAUACGAUGCAAGCGUUGUGGACCACUUUGAGAAUCCCAGAAAUGUCGGGUCUCUUGAUAAAGCAGACCCAAGGGUUGGAACAGGAAUAGUUGGUGCGCCUGCCUGCGGAGACGUGAUGAAGCUGCAGAUCAAGGUGGGGAAGGACAAUGUGAUUGAGGAUGCAAAGUUUAAGACUUUUGGGUGCGGGUCUGCCAUUGCAUCUUCGAGUCUGGCAACGGAGUGGAUCAAGAAAAAGACAUUAGACGAGUCACUGAAGAUAUCCAAUAGAGAUAUAGCAAAGAAGCUUGCAUUGCCGCCAAUCAAGCUCCACUGCUCCAUGCUGGCCGAGGAUGCCAUCAAGUCUGCAAUCAAGGAUUUCCUUGACAAGAACAAGCCGUCACAAUGA